AUUUAUAUUAUCAGAAAGCCUACAUCUUCCAUGGUCCAUCUAAUUUACCUUGCAUCUUUUUUAAUUGUUUUCUGGAUGUUGCUGCAACACCGCUUCUCUCUUCACCUCUUCAACAAAAAUAAUCUCUUCAUCCUCUGACUCCUCCCUGCGGUCUGGUUCACUUUUAUUUUCACAAAAGCUCUGACGUCAGCUCUGGGUAGUGGAGAGUGUAAACGCACACACGCCUUUAGUUGGAAAAAGUUGCCCACUCUCAAUUUUCCGUAAAGGAAACGAUUUCAGACGUUUUUUUCUUCCGGCAUCUCUGCUUGCGAGGGGACAAUGUGCGACCCACACAUGUCCGUGUGUUGACAGCGCAGGACACUCCGUGUGUUUGGUGUAUACUACAGUUGUGGUUUUCCCUGACUCACCUAUAGAGCGUAGGCUUAAACAGGUAGACCAGGUAGGCUACGGGAGCGAUAUCCGGAAGAACAAGCACAUCUGAUUGUUCCCACUAUUUUUCUCUUACCUUUGCAACUGAACUUCUCCCAAUAACGUUUAUGCAGUUUUGAUAAUUCUUCGGAGAGAGUAGAAGUGUGAAGAUGACGGAACUACCAGUUCACAAGAAAAAUAUGCUGAUUCUAGUUGAUGUUCUCUGUGUGUUUGUCGCGGCCCUUCCGUCUGCGGUCUUGACGUUAAUGUUCAGCCCGUACCAGAGGGGUAUCUACUGUGAUGACGAGAGCAUCAGAUAUCCUUACAGAAGAGACACCAUCUCCCACAGGGCAAUGGCUGCAGUUACCAUCCCCUCCUCCAUAGUCAUAAUAACUACAGGAGAAGCGUUCCUGGUGUACUCCAAGCGUCUCCACUCCAACUCUAACUUUAACCAGUACAUGUCAGCUCUCUACAAGGUGGUGGGGACCUUUCUGUUUGGAGCAGCUGUGAGCCAAUCACUGACUGACCUGGCCAAGUUCACCAUUGGCAGGCCACGCCCUAACUUCCUGUCUGUGUGUAAUCCCACGGUGUGUUCUGGGUACAUGCUGCAACUCAACUGUACUGGCAACCCUCGAAACGUCACUGAGUCCAGAUUGUCGUUUUACUCCGGACACUCUGCCUUCGGGAUGUACAGCAUGCUGUUUCUAGCAUUGUAUGUGCAAGCACGUAUGCAGGGGAAGUGGACUCGUCUGGUCAGACCCACAGUGCAGUUCUUCCUCGUGGCGUUUGCGUUGUACGUUGGAUACACACGGGUUAGCGACUACAAACACCACUGGAGCGACGUACUGGUGGGACUGCUGCAGGGAACUCUCAUCGCUGUGCUCAACGUUUGCUACGUCUCUGAUUUCUUUAAGCUCCGCCCCCCUCCUCGCUGCCCACGAUCCGAGGCGGCUGAAGACGAACACCUAGAGGCCAAACCUGGCCUGGACCCAGACACACAACUACACAACAACCACUACAACUACGCAACUACUUCAGCCCAAACACAGACUAACAACGACACAACAACCACUGCGACUACACAACAACCGCUACACAACAAUCACGGUAACCGUGGGGAAGUGGCGUAGAGAGUAAUUUGUUGGUAGGUGGGCCUGCAGAAAUUUGGGUGGGCAAUUAUUUUUAAUUAAAAUGUUUUGUUGUUGGGAAAAGGAGCUAACUUCCUGCAAUGUUGCCAUUGGGCCAAGAGAGAAAUGUACAGUUUUAUAGCUGUCUAUGAAUUCUAUCUGAUGAUGUUUGCAUGUUUUAAGUGAAAAGACAACAAAUAAUUAGAGCCCGACCCGUAUUGGAUUUUUGGGUCCGAUACCGAUUUUGAGGGAGGGAAAAGUCACAGAUUACUGAUAUCUGUCGAUAUAUUGGUUUUUUAGAGGUUGAAUGAAAAACAGACCAAAUUGUGCUUCAAAGGAUCAACAGAUACUCUAAAUGAUGAUUUCUUAACUAAAUAUUAUAGUUAACAUUAUUUAAGAACAUUGUAUUUGUGGUUUACAGGAGAUCCACCAAAAAGCAAUUAUAUUCUCUAUAAAUACAACAGUGAAUACAAAGCUUGUUUAGUUGACUUUCUUAGGUGCAACUUAAAAAUGUCUAUGGCAGUGGAAAAGAGGUAUGAAAAAGUGUUUGUGCUAAACUACCAUAAGGGUGAGUAGAUUUUUGUUUUACAGCAGUCAAAGGUCAUGGAAACAAACACUUUAUGGCAACCUUGCAAUGAGAGUACGUAAUGACAAGCACAAGCUAGCUGUUCAUUACGACAAUGUUUUCUUACAGAAACCAUAUUUACAUAACACUGUUAUUCAAUACAAAAGGUAUUGGCUAUACAAUUCAACUGCAAAUGGCAUGCGCUGAUGACUGAAAAUGUUUAUGCAUGCAAAUUCUUGCUGCGCUGGUUUUUGUCACACGUUCCAAUUUCGCGAGCUAGCUAACGUUAGCUACUUAUCUCAUAAUGAAUGCAAGCACAUGGCCUGAAUGAUAGACCUGCGCCAACUGUCUUGUUUUUUGCAGAUUGCAUAUUUCAGAAAACAAACUAAAUUAGCCCACUAGCUAACAUAAUAGGCCCUGAUAGUAUCGGUCUUCUUUUUGUAUCAAGGACGAGUGUUCACUUUGGCGCCAGUCCAGUGUUGGCACAUACGUAGCACAGAUUGCUAGCUAGGUAGCUAAGUUCCCCACCCAUGCCUAUGCCCACGCCCACCCAUGCCUACGCCCACCCAUGCCUACACCCCUGCCAUAGAGCUGUCUGUGUGAGAGAAGUGUGUAUAUCAGUGUAGGCUCAUUGUAUUGGCUGGAAUGGAAUAAAUGGAACGGUAUCAAACACGUUUGACUCUGUUCCAUUUAUUCCAGUCCAGCCAUUACAAUGAUCCCAUCCUCCGAUAGCUUCUCCCACCAGCCACCACUGGUGUGUAUGAGAGGAUGUGUAUAACCACUCACAUGCACAUGCAUUUUAACUUUGUAUUUUAUUUUAAUACAACGUACUAAAAGUAUGGCGGAUGAAACCGUUUUAGCAGAGAGAAAGACGUACUGUGUAGUUCCCUAGAUUUCAAUUAUGCCAACAGGAAACACUGAAACAACAGUUUUACAUUUUGUUAUGAUUCAUUUCUAUUUCCUUUGUGCAGCAGCAUCAACCAGGUCUUCCUGGUGUUUGUAGUUUUUUUGAGUGUCCUUUUUUUUUGUUUGUUCCCGCCCACCACCAACCUACCUGAUUUAACUAGUUGUUAAGACCUUGAUUAGCUGAAUCGGGGUGGGUUAGUGUGCUCAUCCUGUAGUUCUCCAGGAGGGGGGGGGGACCAAUGGUCUGGAGUUCAGUGUUAGGCCUACUGAUACCUAACAUGUCUGUAGAAGACAUGCAUGUACAGUAUAUGGAAUGUAAAACAGUGUUGCAUAGAUAAUUACUUUCUAACUGUUUAUUUCUGUCGUAUCUGUAAGAAUGUAAUACCACUACUAGCCCACUGUGAUGUUU